UCUAAAGCCAGUUAAAACUUACUGCAAAUGGUUCAAACUUACUUGCUAUAACAGCAAAUUUUGUUAAAUUAAUCUUUAUAAUGCAGAUGACCAGCCUUAUUUGUAUAUAGUAAUAGUAAUAGAACAGUACCAAACCACUUUUUCAAUUCUUGCUCAGCUGAUUUUUAAAAGUGUUCUACACGAAGCUUAAGUAUAAAACAGAACUCAACGAGACUUCAACGCUUUUUGAUUGAACAUUGUUGAAUUUAUAAUAUGACUUGAGGCUCGAAAUCAUUUUCUAAAUCGAUUGAAAACAUAUUAUGAUGGAACCAAAAGUCACCCUGAAACUUCCGAAGAAAGGAAUAUUAAUUCGUCAUUUGGAAACGCCAGAGGGCGAUAAGCCAGAAGAACGAGUGAGAAGUCCACGAACACUGGAAUUGAAAAAGCAGCAGAAGUCAGUGUUGAGACAAUUCAGAAAGCUGUCACCGUUGUGUAGUGCUGUAAGGGAGAAGUUUCACGAAAAGAAAAAGAUAGAGAGCACCGCUGAUUUGUUCAAGUCUACCGAAGACACAAACAUUCUUUUUGGACCUGGUCACACGUAUUCAAAUAACGCGGCCACGAACAAGUACAAAACUAGAGGAAGACACAACCAAUGUGAGGCUAACAGGUCACAUCAGGUCUUGACCUUUGAACCCUUCCCCGAAAUGGAGGGAAACUGGCACUUGCAUCGACAGUCGGAAUGUUCAAUUCAUUUCCGACCGGGUACAGGGCACAGUGGGAGGUCUUCACCUAGACCUCCGACUAAUCUGAGUCGGAGGUCAUCACUCGCAAGUCGCAUCCAGUCUACAACUUUUAGAAUGAAAAGUAACUACUUGAAAAGCAAAGUGGCUUCGACAGUGUCCAAACACAUGGCAGAAGUGAACGCGUCUCUCCAAAAUGGUCCAAAAGAACACUUGGAAACUUUUCUAGACUCACUAGAUGCCGAAGUGAAAGCAGGCGAAAACCAACAGAGCGCACCAGAUGAAAAGUUACCGCCAAAAGUUAAUGGGCAGGGAGAGCUUAAGACAGAUGGAGAUACUCAAAACGAGGGUGCCGAUCUGACUAUUCCCUAUUCGGGAGAAGAUCUGAAACAAUUCAUAUUUGGGAAUUCCGAUUUACCAACAACAAUAACAAGUCAGAAACUCCUGCGACGACCUAUGAACCCGAUUGUGAAACCAACAGUUCUACCAAAAUUUGACUUCCCCAAAUUCCGACCCAGUCCUUUUGGUUCGGCACAUCGAGGAGCCGAGUCUUACUCGGGAAAAUUCCCGAUCUCAGUUCGUGAAAUGAAGCUGGUACCGGAUUACAUGAAAGAAACUCCCAUUCAGGCGAUAAUGCGACUACCUUCUCUGACUAAUAAUAGAAGUACUGUGAAUAAUUUACGGUCUUAAUUGAUAUGAUUCUGAUACAAACUUUCUUAAACUAAUUAAA